UUCCGCUCGUACCCGUGUGUGGUCAAUGGGGUUGCGACGGUUUCACGAGUACCCAAUACACGCCGUUUUCCUCUCCAGUCGCUAUUGCGGUAUAGCUGUGUGUACCUUGUAAUCUCGUGCCUGACGGCAUGCUCCGUUCCACCAAACCUUCGGUCGCCAUUUCCCGAACCCUUCAACAUCCCUAGUUUCGCGACGAGACACACCGUGACAGAGAUAGAAAGCGUUCCUUUGUCAGUCUCUCGAAGGAAUUCCAGUGGAACGCACCAGUCCGGUCUCGUGUUGGUUGGUUAGAUUUCCACCGCCUCCUCCGUCCUUUCUACGUUCGUCCCGCGAAGGCACAGUGUAUGUAGCGCGUGAAACGCAUUAACAUAUCAACAGUACAAGAAGGAUCAAUACGACGUGGGGGUGGACAGUGACGACUGGGACAGACCUUAUGCGGAACCGACGCGCUCGAUCGAUCGACGAUGGUGCCGCGGUGGCAUCGUUCGAUGUCGACGGAGCGUCUCCGGUGGAGAAACGGCGUCGGCCGCAUCGAAACGACCGGAGCCAGAUUUCGACACCACUUAAAGUCCUACGAAUGUUGCAAGUGUGCUUUGUUGUUGGAUUAAUUGGGGCCAUGCUGGGGCGACACUACGAGUUGUGGGGAGUCGUGUCCGACGAGUACGAUCCCGGCAGUGCCGCGGGGGACGCCGAGGCCGAUUCCGCAGCCAACGAUAUCUGUACGGGCUAUCUCGGCCAGUAUCUUGAUCCUUAUUCCGCACCAGUAGAAAAGAAAAAGGUCCAAACGAUUCACUUGAUUGGCGAACGGCAUCAGGGCACCAAAUGGAUCACGGCUAUUCUGGAACAAUGUUUCGAUAAUUCUGUGUCGGUCGUCCCAGCCUUUGGAGACCGCCACAAACACUGGUUCAUGCUGAACGAGACCGCCGAACACGGGGUGAUAGUCGCCGUCUUUCGAAAUAUCUACUCCUGGGUCCAUUCCAUGAACUACGUACGACCCCACCACGCUCCCGCACAUUUUAACAUUGAAUGGCGGGAAUUCGUCACACGCCCUUGGACGCUCCGGGGACACGCCAACUUUACCACCACCUUUCCCGGGUCCGCUUCGCUACGCGACACCACACCCUGCUGGCAAAGGUUCUUACCCAACGAAAUAGAACCCUGUCUCGAAUCCGAACGACUCGUCAUGGUCAACUACUCCCAUUUUGAUUCCCCGGAAGUACAGUAUGUACCCGAAUUAUCCGCCUACGAACUCCGCAACGACGGUUCCGGUGAGCCCUACGGCAGUAUCGUGGAAAUGCGUGCCGACAAGAUCCGCAAUUUUUGGUCCCUCCGCGACCUCGUGCACAGCUUUUAUCCCGUUCAGUACGAGUACAUGAUGCACAACGGUUUGGAAACUCUCGUGGCGGAAUUGGAAAGCGCCCUGCAUCUGCGGCGGUCGCACCGCUGUUUGCUGGAUACACCCCGACCCCCCAAAGUCAAACACUAUCCCACUGGAUACGUCGACUGGAUGCGACAACACGUGGAUUGGGAUGCCGAAGCCUUGAUUGGAUAUCACCGGGACGACGUCAAUUCAGCUUGCUGA